AUGAAAAUUUCUACUUAUAUCGGCGCCUUGGCGCUUCUUGCAUUCUCGGAUGCCUUCGUUCCAUCCUCGCAAUCCUCUGCCCGCAAUGUGGCAAUCCACAUGUCCACGGAAGCUCCAGAAAAAUCCAAUACAAAUGUUGCCCAGACAGAGGACACCUCCCGAGAAAAGGUCAUGACAUUCUCUUACGAUAUGUCUUUGGAGCAAAAGUACGAAAAGCCUACGUACCCAGGAACUGGAAAUGGUCUUUCUGGAGGUGAAGAUGGCGACAAUGAAUAUGAUAUUAUCGUUAUCGGAUCUGGAAUGGGAGGACUUGCCUGUUCCGCAUUGAGUGCCAAGUAUGGAUCAAAGGUCCUAUGUUUGGAGAGUCACAUCAAGGUUGGAGGAAGUGCCCACACUUUCACCAGAGUUCACAAAGGAGAAAAAUACUCGUUCGAAGUUGGACCAUCUAUCUUUGAAGGUUUGGAUCGCCCUAGUUUGAACCCCUUGCGAAUGAUUUUCGACAUUUUGGAAGAAACCAUGCCUGUUGAAACUUACAAGGGUCUCGGUUUCUGGACUCCAGAGGGAUACUGGCGAUUCCCAAUCGGGAGUGCUGAGGGAUUCGAAGCUCUCCUAAUGGAACAAUGUGGAGAAGAUGGACCUAAGGCUGUCAAGGAAUGGAAUGCCCUUCGCGAUCGCCUAAAGACACUUGGAGGAUCCACCACAGCUGUCGCGCUUUUGAAUCUUCGCCAAGAUGCUGGUUUCCUUUCCACAACUGCCGGUGCACUUCCAUUCGUUGCUACCCACCCUGACGUUUUUGCCGAUCUUCCUUUGACUUUUGAUGACCUUUCAAAGACUGUCGAUGAAAUUGUCACCGUCCCAUUCGUUCGCAACUUCAUUGAUUGUAUGUGUAUCUUCUGCGGUUUCCCAGCCAAGGGAGCCAUGACUGCUCACAUCCUGUAUAUCCUUGAAAGAUUCUUUGAGGAAUCUGCUGCCUUCAGUGUCCCUAUCGGAGGAACUUCCCAACUCGGUGAAACUCUUCAACGUGGUCUUGAGAAGUUCGGCGGAAAGCUUCAACUUAAUGCUCAUGUCGACGAGAUUAUUGUUGAGGACGGACGUGCCACUGGCGUUCGACUAAAGAACGGAAAUGUCAUCAAGGCUCGGAAGGCUGUUGUCAGUAACGCGACUCCGUUCGAUACUGUCAAAAUGAUGCCACAAAAGGAGGACGAACCCAAGCAGCUCACCAAGUGGAGAAACGAUUUGGGGACUCUUCCAAGACACGGUGCCAUCAGUCACUUGUUCCUUGGAGUUGAUGCAACUGGGCUUGACUUGUCUCACUUGAAGGACCCUGCUCACUUGAUUGUUCAAGAUUGGGACAGAUCGAUGCAAGAUUCGCAAAAUCUUUGCUCUUUCUUCAUCCCAUCUCUUCUUGACAAGAGUGUUUGCCCCGAAGGAAAACAUGUCAUCCAUGUCUAUUCUUCUGGAGGUGAACCAUACGAACCAUGGGAAAAGCUUACCCCAGGAACUGAGGAAUACGAAGCGUACAAGAAGGAACGUGUUGAGGUUCUCUUCCAAGCUGUCGAACGUGCCAUCCCUGAUAUUCGCGACAGAUUGGAAUUCUCCAUUGUUGGCUCUCCGCUAGCUCAUGAAGCCUUCUUGAGAAGAGAUCGUGGAACUUAUGGUAUGGCCUGGGCUGCUGGCAGUUCAGCACCUCAAGCUGGUUUGCUGGGCAAGGUCCUGCCAUUCCCAUUCCCCAACUUGAAAACCCCUAUUGAUGGUUUGCUUCGAUGCGGAGACUCGUGCUUUCCUGGUAUUGGAACGCCAAGUGCCGCGGCAUCUGGGGCCAUUGCCGCGAAUACCAUGACUCACGUCGACAACCACUUGCAAUUGCUUGCCGAGGCAGCCAAGAGGGAUCCCAUGUACGAAUUCUUGGACCCUGGAAUCUUGGGACAAAUCUACAAGCCAUUGGUGCAAGGUUUCACACCAAGCGCUGAGUUGAGAACUGAGAGAUUCGCAUCGGGAGCUGGUGCCGCCCCAGUUGACUACACCGCGAAGAAUGCUGAACGCGACGCUGCAGCUUCCAACUAG